CUUCCCGCUUUCCUUUAGAACUGCUUACCAUCUUACCCUCGGCAGAUCGUAGUGUCGCUAUUCCCGUGUCUCCCCCUCUGUUCUUGCCCACUAUCCCUUGAAUUCCUACCCACAUUUGCUUUAUCCCCCCCGCAAAAUCUUCGUUAGUCUUUUGGACUACUUCCUCCCACAACGCUUUCUUCUUCACCACCAACUCCUUCACCCUCUUUCAAUUUUCAACAUACUCCUUCCAUCCUGCAUCGGUUUUUCCUGCCGCAUAUUUUGCGUGUGACUCUCUACGUACUCGAAUUGCUUGCUUGAUUUCUUCGUCCCACCACUUCACUGCUCUCUUACAAACUAUCAACUUUCUACCGAGAACUCUACUUGCCGUUGUGUUUACCAGCUUUUCCCACCCUUCUAUGAUUCUAGAUCCGGCCUGGUCCCGACCUUUGGCAUCCUUCGGUGUGCCCAUUGCCUCUAUCAACUCCGAGAGUUUCUUGUCGUUUACAGCCAUCUCUUCUUGAAACUCUACCCUCGUUUCUUCUACUUCUAGCUGAUCUAUUCUCCAUCUGUACAUUUUCCUUCGUCGCCUACUUUGUAUGACUCUCGUCUGUUGUAGGGCUGUCCACACCAACGCAUGGUCUGUAGUGCCUACAUCCGUUGUGCAUACUCGUACUUCCGUCUCUUUCCCCCCAUUCUCUACGACUAUGUAGUCAAGGAUGGAGCGUUCUCCUUUUUUUAAACACUGCCUAGUCCAUUCCGGUUCUGUCUUUCGUACUCUACCGUUCAACACCUUCAUCUCGCUACUGUCAAGGAACCUCAGCAUUUCUUCCCCGUUUUUGUUCGUGGCUCCCUCCCCGUAUUGCCCGAUGGCUCCGUGUGGGUUCGUGGUUCGCCCGAUUCUUGAAUUGAAGUCCCCAACUAAAACUACUUCUCCCUUUCUCUUGAAGUUUUGUACAUCCGCUGCUACCUCCUCGAACCCUAUCUUGAUGUCCUUCACCAUAUUCUUCGACUCUGGUGGUAUAUAUACAUUUCCUACGAACAAGUCCUUCCUUCCCCGUUCCCCUGGUACCCUUAUCCACAUGCUUUCGUUGAAUUUGGUGUCGCUGAUCACCUCAAUUACGUCGCACAUGUGCUCCUUGACUAAGAAUCCAACUCCCCCCUCCCCUCUACUCUUGAUUUUCUGUCCUCUCCUCAUUUUACCUAUCCACGUGUAGCUUCCCACUUCUUUUCCUAUUUCUCCCCCGUCCUUCUCCCACGACUCUUGGACUCCGACUAUGUCCAGGUCUUUUUCGGCUGCUUGCUCGGCAAUUUCGAGUCUUUUACGCUCAUCUGUGGCAAACCCGCAUACAUUCCAAGACCCUAGUCUGAUUUCCUUACUCCUACUUUCUACUUUCCCGUGCCUUUCAGGAUUCCUUCUGUCCCUCGUUCGCCUUCCCUUCUGCCUUAUCCUUUCGCUGCUCCCCCCUUCCCCUACUUUGGCUUGCUUUCCCUUGUGAUCCUUUCGAACCUCCUGCCCCCCUUCGUUUUCAGCCAGCCUUGGGCUACGCCUUACUUCCUGGAUCCUAUUUGCUAUGCACACCCUCCAACCUAGUCUCCUCACCCACGCCGACAUCUUCUCUACUUCCAGUCUUUCCCAUUCUGCGCUUACUCUCCUUCCAAACGUGAUUCUAAAGUGGUUUCCUUCCCUUUCUACCCCCCCCCGUGCGAAGCAAUAUAAUCCUACUUCUUCACAUAUACUUUUGAACUCCAACCUUGUCAUGUCGUUAUUGACCCCAAAUAUCAACACUACCAGUACUGCACCUUUCCAUUCUCUCCUUCUCCACCCUUUGUGCCUUGUCGUCUCCCUCCUUAUCUCUUUCGAGACUAUCUCGUUGUUUUUGUUUGAAGUGGGAUGCUUUCAAAUUACUGGGACUUCCCAAUCCUAGUACUUGUUGAGGGUCUGGUGUCUUUCAAUUCUUUUGCCGGCUCACCGACACUAAAAAGUGCCUCCAACAUGGGCUCAUAGCCUGGAGCCAAGUUCAACACCCUUAGCACAAGUACCCCAAGUUUGUGCCAGGCGAUCUGCAUGGUAACCAACCCAAGCGUCCCACGACCGUAUCUUCUCUCUACUUGCCCCAGCUGCUGUACUGGGUACUUUCCUCCGGGGAGGUCAUUUUCCCCAUGUAGGGUUCAAGGGUGGCUUGCAUAACAGAAGGUCUCACUCACACAUCGGGAUGUCCGUCUCUUCCUUGAUUUUUAUGACAUACAGACAUAAAAAUCUCCUCCUCGUAGACGCCAGAGAGCACUACCUUCCCUGAUGGCGGUCUAAGUCGACCCAGGGUUGAUAAAUGAGUUAUGGUCAUCAACGUUUGUACGGUACACCAUGGGUAGCUACCCCACUAACGCUCCCGAGUAGACCUUCGCUGCCGAAAGCUUGACCAACAAUUUCCCCACACUUUGUACCGGCGUCUAUCCUUCAAGCUUCAAGAUAUCUACGUACCGCUUGGUGCUCCUUCUCUUUUGGGUCAUUUGGUCGGUCAUUUGAAAACAAGGUUCUUGAUUAUGUUAGGUCUGACAUUUUGUCUUGCAUUAUCCACCCCUCUCCUUGCGGAGAAUUCAGGAUAGUGUCUGACCAGAUUCCCACCGCCCCAUGGGAACCGGUAAUGUUUUACAGUUAUCUCUCCACGAGUCCCCAACCUUCAUGUGCAUCGCACAGUUGACCAAAGGGAUUGCUGUGUCUAUAUUUAUGCUUCGUUUCCGGUUUCGUGUUGGUUUUUUGUUGUUUGUUGUUGUUUCUCACAUUAGCUCUAAAAAAAAAAAAAAUUGGUGUGUAAGGUGGCCAAUAACCUUCUACUCUUGCUUACUUUUGCGUUUUCAACUGUGAAAAGGAAAAAAAAAAAAUGGUUUGUGUUACGGUAUGGGAACAUAAAAAGUCGGUUAGUUCAGUUUUACCAUGUCUAGCUUGUCAUGUUUAUGUUACGGUAUGGGAAAAUAAAAGGUCGGUUAGUUCAGCGCUUUCACGUCUGGCUUGGCGGGUUUGUGUUACGGUAUGGGAAAAUAAACAUCGGAUAGUUCAAUUUUACCAUGUCUAGCUUGUCAGGUUUAUGUUA